CUCCGCGAGGCCUGUGAUAUGAAUGAAACCUCACGUUGGGUUUAACAGCAACACCUUUGUGAACUAGCACCACUUAGCCAGUUAACGUUAGCUGCUGCUAGCUGGCUGAAUUGGUAAGCCUAUUAAUAAACGUUUUUAACUAAUCUGGUACUACUUGCGCUGCGUGUGGGAUCGUGUAAUGAAGUUUACUGGCAUUAUUCAGCCGAGCAACACAUACCAUAUAAAAUUGGACAAUACCGAGAACAAGAUGUUGUGUUUCUUGCUUCUUUUCUAUUAGUGAAUAGUAUUUUUUUCUUAGAUGACUUUGCUUUUUAAUUUUGAAUUUUUUGCUCUUGGCUUGUUACAAGAUCAACCUCUUCUCUGAUAUCAAAAGACCCAAUUUAUCUAUUUAUUUAGUCUUGAUAUUUUCCUCAUGGAUCUGAAUUUUUACUCGGAUCUCUCUGACGGGACCGGUCAACAUGUUGAUUCUGAGUUUAUGGAAAACUCGUCUUACAAUGGAUAUGAUUCAGUGACCAAGUUUGCAGGUGCCAAUGAGUCAUACCUGACCAUCAGUGGACCUGGUCAUCAUUUUCUUGAGAAAACAUUCCAUACACCCUGUCUGGGCGAUGAAGAGUUUGAAAUCCCAAUCUCCUUGGAUCCAGAUUCUGCGCUCACCAUAGAGGAUGUGGAGGCCCAUUUCGGAGAGUUGGCUGAACAGGCUGAGAGCUCAAGGGGUCCUGGAGUUGGAAACAGUCUUGCCAGUAAUACUGUAGUAGGGGGGAAUGAUCCCUCUUUUGCCUCUGCUUUCAUGAAUCCGUCUUCUCAGGGCAUAGAGCAUCUGAGUUUGGGUGUGAUUAACCAGCCUGGAGGAAGUGCACUACUGAGCUCAACUCUGGGUGUGGAUCUCGGCCAUUCUGUUGGCUCCCAUUUUAAUAGUUCCUCCUCCAUGACUAUUGAUGUUCCAAUAAACGACAUGGGCCACAGUCUCUUAGGACACAAUCAGCUCACCACCAUAGACCAUUCAGAUCUAAGUGCUCAGUUAGGGCUCAGCCUUGGUGGUGGAGCCAAGUCACCUGACCAAACGCUGUCAACCACACCAUCUCCUUCUGGGUCAUUGCAGGAUGAAGACAUGGAGGACUUCAGACAAAAAACCAUGCUGGUAGACUACUCUUCAGCCUCUGCGACGAUCAUACCGCACCUCCCCAACUUGACGGGUUCCAGCCAGCUCUCUUCUCCUCUUCCAGCUGUGGUGAGGAGGGUUGGCGGUAAGCCGGCCAUGGUGCCUGUGACCACAGUGGACACGGGAGCAACGCUGGGAGGCAAAAAAGGAAAGAAGAAAAAAGAUCCCAAUGAACCACAGAAGCCAGUGUCAGCCUAUGCUCUGUUCUUCAGAGACACCCAGGCAGCCAUUAAGGGCCAGAACCCAAAUGCCACAUUCGGAGAGGUGUCCAAGAUAGUGGCAUCCAUGUGGGACAGCCUGGGAGAAGAGCAAAAACAGGUUUACAAGAGGAAAACCGAGGCAGCUAAGAAAGAGUAUCUGAAAGCUUUAGCAGCCUACAGAGCAAAUCAACUCUCAAGACCAUAUUCUGAGGUGGAGGAUAGCGCUCCUUCCACUCCUCCCUCUGUCCCCUGUCCUGCACCCGUCAUCCCUGCUCCUGCUGCCCCUGCCCGUCCACGCCUGACCCCCAUCCCUGAGCAGAACACCAUCACCAACAUCUGUGCAUCCAAUAUUAUCCUCGACCUGCCUCAAGUCACCACCCGCUCCCGCACGGGUUCUCUACCCUUGGCCAUCGGCCAGCCCCUGACCCCUAACCCCAGCCCGACACCCACUGUCACAAAAAUCAUUAUCUCCAAGCAGAUGCUGCAGGGAGGUUCUCAGCUCCACCAGAUCCCCACGUCCAUGGUGACGGUGAUUCCGGCUGGAGUACGAGCCUUGCAUCCGGCUUCUGCUGGACGACAGCCUCCACCACUGCAGCAGAUGCAGGGCACCCCACCUCCACCACGUCUGCAGCAGAUGGUACAAACCCAAGCCCCGCCGCCUCUUCAGGCCAAGCCCCGUGGAGGGGCAGGAAGUUCUGUGGCCGUCACGGCUACGCCUCCACCGCCUCUUCAGAUAAAGAUUGUGCCCGCUUCAAUACACUCUGACCUGUCCACGCCAAUUAUUGUUACUACAACAACAAGUGCCAAUCCUGUUAUUUCCUCAUCCACCAUCUCAGCCUUAGCACAUCCUGCCCCUGUUGAGGUGAAAGUGGAAGAGCCCAAAGAGGAGUUGGCCACUGGGACGGAUGAGGCUCUGACGGAGGAACCCGAAGAGAUGGAGAUGGAGGUAAGUGUUGCUCCUGCGGUCUCCUCUUCCACUCCUCCUGUGAAUCUCUGUGUCCGUGCUGGAUGCACAAACCUGGCUGUGGAUAGUCGAGACUGGGAUAAGGAGUAUUGCAGCAAUGAAUGUGUGGCCACACACUGCAGGGAUAUUUUCAUGGCCUGGUGUUCAAUCAAGAGCCAGAACUCAGCCACUGUCAAAUAAAUGAAACGAAAUCCUCCUGAUUCUGGGUCUUAGCAUGCCUGGAUGUGUCUUUUAUAAUAACACAACAGAAUUUUACUGGAAUUACUAGUGAAAGUUUAGUGUUUUUGUUGUAAAUAUCUAAGGCAUGAAAAUGGCAGUGGAAAAAUCACUCUAUGAAAGGACAAAUUAUGUCUUUGUUACAACUGCUGAUGAAUAUACUGCGAACAUCAUGUUUUGACAUUUGUUUUCCUAGUUGAAACUGUCAGAAAAGGACGUACAGUGAAUAUUGU